AGGAUGUCCGGUUAAGCCAAUCAGAGGCAGAAUAGGGCCUUUUCCAUCCUACGGAACACAACCUGACAGCAGGGGAACCUUUGCUCCGUGAUGACGAACAUUUUAUUGUAGCGGACCAAGAUGGCCUCGCUGAGGAGCAUAACAAGCUACCUUCGUCUCCUCAGGAGUUCUGCUCGAGUCCUGCUCAGCACCAGAAAACCUGCAGUCUCUAAACCGGGGCAAUGGACAGGUGUUCUGUACAGAAGUAUAGGGUCUUUAACUGUCGGCGGUGGGCUGUGUGCUGUACCUUUCAAACAGGCUGAUACCCUCUCGCACGACUCUCUGAUCAGACGAGCAGCCUCUCUGGUAACAGACAGUUCAAGCACUUUUCUCUCUCAGGCCACCUUGGCUCUCAUAGAUGCCAUAACAGAGUACUCAAAGGCUGUGCACACACUCAUUUCUCUCCAAAGACGGUAUUUGGAAUCACUGGGAAAACUGACUCAAGCAGAAGAGGAUACAAUCUGGCAGGUUAUCAUUGGCCAGCGUGCCGAGGUUAGGGACAGACGAGAGGAAUGCAACCGCUUUGAGUUAACCUGGGUCAACGCAGUCAAGCUGUGUGAAACUGCAGCGGAGGCGGCAUACACCUCAGGAGCUGAACAUGCGUCCGUCACAGUGAGGACGAACAUUCAGGUGGCCCAGUCGCAGGUGCACGAGGCACAGAAACUGUCAGUGGAUGCGGAUAAGAAGAUGGCCGAAGCUAAAGUAAUGGAGGUUGAAAGGAUGACACAAUAUGCAGCCACCUUACAGAAUGACGAGGAAGAAGUGCCAGAGGCUUACUUAAGAGAAGACUGAAAGGGUAUCAGAAAACAAAAGAAAGCAUAAAAAGUUCACUUUCAAAGUAAAUAAUAACUUUUUGUCAUCCCUACAAUGUCUUCUUUCUUCUUGAGUCUGUCCCAAGUUUGACUCUUUGAUUAGGGCUGUAUGAUAUGGUAAUGAUAUCAUAUUGCAAUUAUUUUGACAGAUAUUGCAAUUGCAAUAUGAUUCCAGAUUGUUGUGGGAAUUAAACUUUUGCAUCACAAAUUAAAUUUUCACCCAAAAAAACUAUUAAAAUUAUGAUGGUGUGCAAUUUUGGGGAGUCUCUACCAAACAAACGUGUCUUAAAUCUGGAGGAUAAGAUUCAUAACUACAGUAUUUUCAUUCUAAUGGUUUAAAGAUAUGGGGCGACAGCUCUAUCAGGUGAGCUAUUAGGCAAUUUGUUUUAAUUGUUUUAAAUUAUGUUUAUCAACUGCUUCUGCAGCAUAGAUGAUUGUUUUCUCUCCAAUAUUUAUUGUAUUGUGACCUGACAAGCAUCUGAUUUUUGUGUUUUAUUUUGUCCAAAUUCAUUGUAAUAAAGUCAAACACAGAAUAAAAACAUUCAACUGUU